AUGGCCAUUGACGAGUCGUUAUGUGCACUUUUCACGAUGGGCGACUGCGUCAGACUCGCAUUAUCUGUUACACCCUGCGCGCUCAGCAUGGUCAGAAUCGGUCGCAACGUGGGUUCCCAAGUUAACCCAGACGGAGAGAGGAAGAGACGUACGGGAGUACAUGACAACGCUCGCACAAUGGUCACUGUCCUCAUGCGAGACCCAAGAAUACUUGAUAGCUCGCUCAGGGUGCGUGGCGAGCAGACCGAUCAAGUCGGUUGUCUUCCGGCCCCGACUCCGGCAAUGUCUCUCGGAGGACUGUUUGCCAUGACGGUAGUAGACGCCUUGGAGGCCUGCUGCCCGUCGUCUAUGCCCCUGAUUGGCGUCUCUGGGGAAGACGGCGGCGAACUUUUCCUCCACGGUUCUCCACGGCAGGCGAAGAUCGUCACGGAAUUAUGCAAUGAAAUCGACCUGCUCUAUGGUGUAGGGUCUGUUGCAGUGGGGAUGGCUGCUUGGGCGGCGGGGUCGACGGUGUCGGCGUGGCGUCAGUUCGCGACACUGAAGGUCUCCGGGAAGUCGGUCCGGGCCGCAGCCUCGGACAGCCGUCAGCUCUUGUGGGCCAUGCCAGUAGUGCCUGGCGGAUACACGAAAGCCCUCAGGAGAUCUGAUGGUAUGGGGCCAGUAGGUCGCGGAAGCUGA